CCAUGCAGUCUGGUUGGUAGCACAUGUGCAAACAUUUAUUGGUAGUGAGUUUCGCAUCAAAAACAUUUUUUCCUUUAGAAUAAUAACUUUAGACCUCAAGAUGCAAAAUCUUUCACCUCCAACCACACCUCCAACUACAACUUCAACUACAACUCCAACCAUAACUCAAACCACAAAUACAAAUGAGUAUAAGUGUAGUGAAUGUCAGAAAAUAUUCAAAAAUAAAGCAGGCCUAACACGCCAUAAUACCAUUAUUCGUAAAUAUAAUACUCUUCGAGAGGGUGGUUUCAAAAAUGCUGGAAAGAAAUUGGUUUCUAUACCAUGUAGUGAAAGUCAAUUUCAUGCAAUCUUCGCUAAUCAUAUACAUUUUUAUUCUAAAAAAUCUGGUGUUUAUAAAUGUUGGUUUCGUGGAAAAGAGGGAGAGGAGAAGUUAAAUCAGAUAUUUGGAAGUACAGAUUGGGAAAUAAAAUAUUAUAAUCAAAAUCAGAGAACUUUCAUUGUUUUGACGGACAAUAAUGUAUCACAUCAAAAAACUGAAACUAAUCCCUUAGCAUUAGCUACUGCAAAAAAGGCCAAUUCUAUAAUAAAACCCAAAAAGUCACUUAAUAAAUACAAAUACGGAGAGAUGUUAGUUGAAUGGAAGUGCAGGCAUGAUAAGGAUGCGAUGGAUCUUUUAAUUGUUUUGAAAUGA